UGUCUUCUCCCAUCUCCCGAUGGACUUUGGGGAUUUAUCUGUGGUGGACUGCCUCACGCCUGCAUCAUCCACCCUCUCUGUGCCAGGGAAUUGACAAAGCACUGACGGCCAAGCACCACUGCUGUCUUUCAAGUCUGUGCCACCAUCACGUUAGCAUGGGAUGCCUCCUUGCUCUGUUUUGGAUGAGAGACAGAACGAGACAGAGCGACCCCAUUGUGUCAUGUUGUUGUGGCUUCAGCAAGCAAACUGGGACACUUCUCAGUGGGAUCAUCAUUCUCCCACGUGGCUCCUUGUGACCACUGUCAGUAUCUUACACAGUGGGUUUCCAUGUGAACGCCAGUUCCUGCACCUAAGUCAUUUUGUGGCUUCUUAGCAGCUUCAACGGGAGCAGUGGUCCUGCUCAUGACUUUCCCAUUUCUGCUGGCAUUUGGCCACCCAUCUCUUCCUGUGGGGCAUCUGGGCUUCCCUGUGCUGUGCUGUCUUCAUCGUCUGAUGCCCUCUGACCUUUCCUGAGACUACAUUUUCAUGUGACAGGCAGUUGUCUUACAUUCUGGAUUUUAUCCUGAUGUUGGGUUCAGGCAGCCUGAGCCGGGCGGGCCCCAUCCCAGCCAUCCUGCGCCCGCCACCAGCCAUGAUGCAGCCGCCUCUCGAUCUCAAGCCCUUCCUGUCGUUCCCCAUGGAGGCACAGCCGGCCAUGGGCCUCUUCCCAGGUUUCAACACGGUAAGGCCGUGGCUGCUUCCGGCCCAGGAGGUGCAGGCUCGGAUGGACCCCGUGCAGAAAGCAGUGAUCAAUCACACCUUUGGGGUACCUGUAGCCAAGGCCAAGCGCCCCAUUAUCUCUUGCAACGUCUGCCAGAUCCGCUUCAAUUCUGAGAGCCAAGCUGAAGCACACUACAAAGGGAACCGCCAUGCCCGGCGAGUAAAGGGAAUUGAGGCAGCCAGAACGCGACAGAAGGAACCUGGAGCACGGGAGGGAGAUAAGCCAGGACCUGUGGGCAGUCCAUCCUCCAGCACUGGAGAGAGUGAUUCUGACCGCACAGCUGAGCAGCUGAACGGCAUAGGGAAUUCGGUGACAGUGCUCCCUGUGCCUGUUCCUGCCUCUCCGGAGAAGCAGCCCUCCCUGGUGUCACCACCAGUAGCAGCCACAGCAGCAACCGCAGUACCCCACUCGACCCCCUGCCCAGAGCCUAGCCAGAGCUCCAAGAGUGGGCCUGCCUGGGGGAGUAAGGCAGGAGAGAUUGCAAUGAUGACUGCAGCACCAGCCACUUCAGGGGUGACUCCCCAAAGCAACGGCAGCACCAAGCCUGAUGAAGAGAAGGCCAAAAAGCUGUUGUACUGCGCGCUCUGCAAAGUGGCUGUCAAUUCACUGUCUCAACUUGAGGCCCAUAACAAAGGUACAAAGCACAAGACUAUCCUGGAAGCACGCAGCGGCUUGGGGCCUAUCAAGGCAUAUCCACGCUUGAGCCCCACAGCUGGAGGGGAGCCAGGCAGCCAGGACCCCAGCGCUCAGGAGAGAACCUUCCACUGUGAAAUCUGCAAUGUCAAAGUCAACUCGGAGAUCCAGCUCAAACAGCACAUUUCCAGCCGGCGGCACCGGGAUGGAGUAGCUGGGAAGCCCAACCCCUUGUUGAGCAGGCACAAGAAGCAGCGAGGCAUGGCGGAGCUGCCGGGUUCCCUGGCCUUCCCCAAGGAGCUUCCUAAGUCACUGGCAGCUGGUUUGCUGCCCAAUCCACUGGCUGUAGCAGCUGCUAUGGCGGCAGCUGCUUCCACACCACUGACGCUUCGACCAGCCCCAACGCCACCGCUGUUGCAGGGCCCGCCUCUGACGCACCCACUCCUGCGACCAGCUCCGGGGCCUAUCCGAACUGCACAUGGACCCAUCCUCUUCUCGCCGUACUGAUGCCGCCCAUCCACCCACCUGCCUGCCACAGUCCUGGGACUCCUGGCACCACUGGAUCCGCCCCCUGGCAACUAGCAACCAGUCCUGGCAAUGUAACACGGUGUCCAGUUCCAUCUGACGGGAGCAUUGUACUCCCUCUUUGCCCCUCUUUUUUUUUUCUUUUUAACUGGAAAUGGAAUUCUUUUUUCUGAGAAGAGGAAAGAGACAAUCCCACCCUUCCGCAUACACACACAUACACUGCCCCGUUCUCAACCCUGAUUUGGGGUCCUGGCCAAAUCUGCACAAGUGCUGGGUUCCCCCACAGGCUGAACCGAGGUGUGUUCUUUGUGUGUGUCCGUGUAUGUGUGCACGUGUAUCCGUGUGUGUGUGCAUAUAUGCGUGUGUCAGUCACAUCUCCUGAGGUACGAAAGGGUUGGGGAGCGGCUUGGCCUCUCCAGGACUUUGUGGAGCACUAAAAGGGGAGGCAGUUCUGGUACCUCAGGGACUGAUCAACAAGCCAUCUCUUUCCAUCCCAGAGGUAGGGGAGGGGCAUGCUCUCCCCUCCUACCCAUACAAGCCAUUAUCCACUUGCACUGAGAGGUGGGGUGUGUAUGUGUGUGUGUGUGUGCGGGACAGAAGAUAGGGCCUCCAUCAAAAGAGCCCCUACUGCAAUAAUGCUGGCCGGCACCUCCAUGUACAUAUCCCCCCAUCCUCCCCACUUGCCCUUCCCUGUGCUGGCCCCCUCCUCACUGCGCUUCCAUUCAAUGGGGUUCUCCCCCAGCCCCCCACAGAGCCCCCCCACCACUGCACCAUGACAAGAGACUAGCAGAGCAAGUACUGUGCUCCCAUAACCUACCCACCCACUUUUCCUCUUGCACUAAGAAGCAGAUGGACUGACAGGCGUCCAUCCAUCCAAUUGUAAUUAUCCCAUCUGGAGGAACCAUGAGGCCUCCCUCCUCUGAGCUGAGACAAGUGCUUGAUCCCAUCACCUAGCCUGGAAACAAGGGGAUGGUCAAGGGCUCUCCUUCAUGUAGAAGGGCAAGGAGCACUCCUUAAGAGCCACUUGCAUCUCUGUCUGCUUGUAGACCUUUCCUUUGGGAUAUUUGUGCUGUUGCCACGGUAGCAUAACAUCUCUCUUUCACCUCCCCCCCCCUUUUGCCGAGUCUACAUAAUGUGGAUCCCCAUCCCUCCACCCUUUUCUGAGUGGGUGGAACAAUAACCAAGAGGCCAGUUGUUCGUUUCCUAGAGAUUAAGCAGCCCCAUCUUUCCAAAGCCCAAAUUUACCCGGAGUACAUAAAAUUCCAGAUGUUUGUUAAUUUCCUUGGCACACAUCCUAGUUGGCGCCUAUCAGGGAGUGUGUGUGUGUGUGUGUGUGUGUGUGCGCACAUUUGCAUGUAUUGAUUAAUGGAACAAUGGACUUUUCUCUCCCUCGUUCUCUCUUUUUCUGUCUUUCUGUAUCCUGCCCGCCCAUCUUCCCUCUUUCUUUCUCAAACACACACACACACACACACACACACACACACGUACAGAGUUUCCAAUCUUCCCAAGCAGAAGUAAAAUGCAAGGCUCCAGACAGACUAACCCAGGGAGGAAGGUCUUCCAUGCCAUGGCCAGUGCACUGGCCGCACUACUCUCCCUUAACCCUAUGCCCCUUACAAAACUGUGACUGAAGUUCAGAGCAAUAGAGACACUGGCGUGUUGGGGGGGGAAUGGGACUCACCUUCCCCCCCAACUGGCAUGAAUCACGCCAGGCCUGCCCCAUGUUACCUCAGUCCUUCAAGCCCACAGGGCAACCUAUUCCUCUCCGUCCUCUCAUUCUGUCCGCCCCAGGUGUCUUGUUCACCCCAGAGUGUCUGUCUCUCUAUCCACCAUCCGUUUGACCAUGCUAGACUCGCCCUGCCCUGCACCCUCUCUCUUUAUUGCUGACACCAAUGCCUUUCUGCUACAUCCCAUAUAGCACCUUUUAUUCCUCUUCCCCCCUCCCCCCGCCUCUCCCACCCUUGACAACAAUAAAAGAAGUG